AUGUACAUCAUCCUCGUGAGGCGCCUGGAAACGGAAGCCAGUGAAAAAUGCUUCCUAAUUGUUGGCCUGCCUCUGGCCAUUUGGAUAUUUUCGGCCAGCAAUAUCGGUGGAAACAUGCUAAACCCGAGAAACAAGUCGCUGCAAGAGGAGUCGACUGGAAGGGUCGCACCAAGUUUCUCCGCUUGUUAUGAGAAUUCGGUGAUUGUCGAUCUUCAAACGAUUAUCAGUCCUGACGAGAAGCUACAGCUUUGUCUGAUUUCAGAGCGCUUUGAUGCCCUCCAAUAUCAUGUGGCCCCCAUGGCACUGGUGUUCAGGGAAUCAGCUUAG